CAGCAGUAGGAGAGUCUCCCUUUGACUCACUCUCGCCUCACGUCAAGCCUCACUCAUCAUGAAGCGUAACUUCCCGUCAGCUGUUCUCCUCCUCGUGCUCGUGGGCAUUUCUCCUGGCACGGCUUCCUACUCCUCGGAGACGCGUUGCUUUGCCGACCAAAACCAGCACGGAGAGUGGUUUGACUUCAAUGGGUACGCUCCCGACCUCGCCGUCUACCACUUCGACAACACCAUCGAGAGUGUCAGGGAGACGGGGAUGUGGAUGUAUUACGACAACGUCGAGUACAACACACACCAAGCAGGCCAAGUGUUCUGGGCCAGUGGCAUCGACUUCAGUGGCAAUGUUCCAGCGCAGUAUGCAAACAUGGCUACCUCUCUGCGAUACGCCGGUAGUCCUUACAGCUUAGAGGAUGAGACAUGGACAGUGUACUCUGGCGAGGCUUUCACUGGCCACGAGUUGAAGGGAUUUGAGGACGCAGCUUCACUCGGCUCCCUUGGCGACGACGUCUCUUCUAUCAUCAUCGUCGGCCAAAGCGCCUGGACAUUCUACGAUGGGAGAGACUUCCAUGGAACCAACAGUGUUUGUUUAAGACCUAAUUUCAAGUUUAGUCGUGACUCUGACGGACGAUCUCUGCACGUGGGCAUCUUCCCUUCGCCCUCUCACUUCCAAAUCAGCGACAACAACAUAGAGUCGGUGCGGAAAGGCUGUUGGUCGCAGAACGUGGCCUACGGGGGGUCCGUCAGCACCAAUUACAGCUCUCCCAGUGGCGCUUGGGGAUUUCUCAACGGUUAAUGCCUCAUCUACAUACCCUGUGUGAUGGAUCGCUCCCCUCUGGACUGACGGGUUUUCUCUCGCUUCCUCUCGGUGGGUUGUGGGGCGAAGAACCUCCCGGAAUAAAGCAUCUAGACCUA